GAUUAUCAUAUGCAGUUUCAAGUGGGUCUAAGAUUCAGCUGAAAUCUUAAGUACUUCUCACCUGGCAAUAGGCAUCAGAUCAAUUAAAGUAUUUUAUCUUAAACCGAGAGAAGAAAAAAAUUACUACUCCUUUUGCGUUUUAUGUGUUCAAUUGAUACCAUCACUUAUGAAUUAAAAUUACUGGCACCUUUAGAUAUCUCAAGUGUGCACUUUUAAAAUGAAUUUUGAUGAUUUGGAACUCAAACAUCCAGAUGUGCUAAAGUUGUUAAACACUCUACAGACUAGAGUAGGCAGGGAGGAUGCAAGUCUUGCGAAUGGACACAAAGUGAGGCUGGAAAAACUGUGGCGAAUGAACGCAUUUUUGGAUCGGGUUGGUGUUAGUGUAGAAACAUUAGACAAAAACCUAUCGGUCAUUCAUGUGGCAGGAUCGAAAGGUAAAGGUUCAACAUGUGCAUACUGCGAAUCAAUCUUACGACAUCAUGGUUUUAAAACAGGUUUCUUCUCCUCACCGCAUCUUCUCUCUGUCCAAGAGAGGAUCAGAAUCGGUGGAAAACCAAUAUCUGCAGCCAAGUUUUCAGAGUAUUUUAUGGAUGUCUACAACAAAUUACAUACCGGCAAUGCGGAUGAGGCUGGUUUACCCACUUAUUUCCAGGCACUGACAGUAAUGGCAUUUUACGUGUUCCUCAAAGAGAAGGUCGAUGUUGCCAUUCUCGAAGUGGGACUAGGAGGAGUGCAUGACUGCACAAAUGUUCUGAACAAUGUGCCUGUUGUUGGAAUCACUUCACUCCAACUGGAGCACACCGACAGGCUCGGCAAUACCUUGUCGGAAAUCGCAUGGAAUAAAGCAGGAAUCAUGAAACCAGGCUGCAUGGCGUUCACAACCAAUGGUCAGGCUGCAGAAGCUCUGGAUGUCUUGAAAGAGACUGCGGCAGAAGUAGAUUGUGUGUUAGUCGAAGUUCCGCCUUUGUCUGAGUACAGCUCAAAAGGAGACAUUGACAUUCAUCUAGGGAUUCCUGGGAGUGUUCAGUCGUUGAAUGCCUCCUUAGCCGUGCAACUUUCUAAAGCCUGGCUGAACCGGAAAUCAAAUGAGUACAAAUCUCGGCUAGAGAAAGGGGUGUUGGACCUAUCAAUCAACGAAACCAUUGCAUCUGGGUUGAGGAACUGUCAGUGGCCAGGACGUAAUCAAACAGUGAUCCAAAACAACAUCAGAUAUUACCUUGAUGGAGCUCACACGCCUGAAAGUGUCGCACUCUGUGUGGAAUGGUACCUAAAUUCCAUUAAACAGGACAGCAACAACAACAUCAAGAGAGGGUUGAUCUUUAAUUCAAUAGGAAAUAGAGAUGCUGCAUCGAUGUUAGCGCCCCUCACCCAAUGCGAUUUUGAUUUUGUUCUUUUCUGCCCAAACAUAUGUUACUCUGAUCCUGAUGAUCAGCCUGAGUCACUGAAAAACCUUCUUUGCUCAGUGGACCAAAUGAUGGCUAGAUGCAAUAAACACAUGAAGGUGUGGUUGCAGUUACCAGCAUCAGACAAUUCUGCGUCCAUCAUCAAAGUCCUGCCAUCAGUCUCAGACUCUUUUAAAUUUAUUAAACAACAAUCAACCUCUACAGAAAGCAAUGUGACGUAUCAUGUUCUAGUGACGGGUUCACUACACUUAAUCGGCAAUGCAAUCAAUGUUCUAGACCCAGGUCUAGCCAGUUAGCACCCACCAAAUUUGUAAACCUUGCAAUUACAGCAUCUUGCCAAACAUUUUUUGUGUCGGCAGGCAAGUUCAUUUCUCACUUAUUCUUAUUUUAAAACUUAGCAUCCUUGUAAGCAAACCGUAUUUGUCGUAUUGACUCUGAAAGUUAAACAUGUAUUUAUUUAUUUAUAAGUAUUUUCUUUAGUCUUAUAGUUUGAAGUUUGUGUGAAUUUGAAAAAAAAAAAAACAUAAUUUGUGAAACGUGCCUUUUAAAUUUGGUGCCUGUCCAAUUUCUAGACGGAUGUCUUAAAAUAGAUACUGGAACAUGGCUUAUCUAGCUAGUCACUUUGAAGUGCAGUUUGUAAGACUUUUUACAUGUUAACUGCUUUGAAAGUUGAAUCAAAAUUUCAAACAACUAGGAGUACUUUCACCAAGAUCUUCCAAACUGAAUGUACAGCUUCUCCAAUUUGCCAUUGUAGGCAGAUUAAAGCAAUAACAAAGAAUUUGUCAUAUUUGUACUUACUAUUUGCCUCUUGUCUUUAAUUGGCAAAUCAAUUUUUUGUUGUUGUAACGAAAACGUCAAGAUAUUUUAAAUAUUGGCGCUUAAAAUAUCAUCGCCGAUCAUGCCAACAUGCGCACAUUAAUUACACAUUGUACACAUUCUCAUCUCUGAUUGCAGCAGUUUUAUCCAUUUUUUUUUUCUUGUUUCUACAGGAAAACUAUCUGUAGGUUUUAUCUGUAACAUUCUAUUAAUUUUCUCCUUAUUUGAAAAAUAUUUUCAGAAAAUUCCACAGAUAUGUUUGGAUUAGUUUUCUUUCGAAGAAAUGGAACAUAAUUAGAGAUUUUCUAAUGGUGCAACGAAUGUACGCUUUUCAACUUCAAUCAUUGAUAUAGUGACUUUUGCAUGUACAUAUGUCGCUUUCCCCCCUCAAAGGGUAUUUAAUACCCUUUUUUCAUGUUAUAUCUCACUGUUUAAUCCUUGGAUUUAUUUUUACCAACCUUUUUGAACAUUGAGUUCCACAAAUUUGUCUCCAUGUUUCAAUAAUGUAUAUUGUUACCAAAAGCCAUGAUCAUUUAUUUGUUAAACUAGUAUGUAAACGAGCUCAAACUAUUUUGAUUACACUUGAAUUCUAAUUUGACUCUAUAUUUCAAUAAUCUAUAUUGUUAUCAAAAGCCAUGAUCAUUUAUUUGUUAAACUAGUAUGUAAGCGAGCUCAAACGAUCUUGAUUAAACUUGAAUCAUUAGUAAAGUGAUGGAGAGGGGUUUCAACAACUUUCAAAAUUACUGUGAAUAUUUCAGGAUAGGCAAAUUUUACAUUAUCAACGAAGUAAGUCUUGUCCAGUAAAUGCCUCCAACUUUCAAAAGAAGAGAAAAAAAUAUAAUUUAAAUUUCAUACUUAGAGAGCUUCUCUGGAGGCCGAAGUUUUCAAUCCUUAGAUAUUUUCUAUCUUUGUAUUUUGAUAUGUUACUUUAAUCUUGCUUUGAUUUAAAACAUUAUUCAAGGUAAAAACUUUCAAAAUAUGCAUUUACUUUUCUUUUCUCAGGCCCCAAGAAUAGUGGACCCCAAUGUUGUAAAUUUUCCCUUUCUAUGAUCAUCCGCAAAGUUUUAAAGUUUUGUGCCAUCCUGCUUUGGUAGAAGUUUAUGAAAUAUUUUUUGUAUCUCACUUCCUUUUUGUAUUCAAUUGGAAUUUGUUGCUUUUAAAUCUUUUUAUCAGUCCCUGUAUCGAUUAAUGAAAGUGUUAAGAAUAAAAAUAUGUUGUUUUUGUAUCCUACA